GGUGGACAUUUAUGACCGAUGGUCAGUGUGGCGCCUGACAGUGAUUUCACAGCGCCCUCGUCGGCCGCCGCUGUGCGCAUGCGCAGUACAUGAAGCGCUGCUCUGAGGAAUAAAUAAGGGCAGGGAAACCGAACCGCAAUGGGACAACUCUUAUCUCGGUCCAAUUCGGCCUAAAAAUAUACCGAAAUGGCGUAUAUCCUUGACGGGGUGUCAUCAGAAGGUUUUUAGAGGGUGUUGGGGAUCUGUUUGGCUAUUGAAAGGGACUGAGAAAGUUUGUAAGGAAACGAAGUUCAGAGACGGUCAUGGAGGAUUUCGGUUCGGCGCUGGAGAAGAACGUGGCGGAUCUGACCGUGAUGGACGUGUACGACAUCGCUGCGGUCGUGGGACAGGAGUUCGAGCGCAUUAUCGAUCAGUACGGAUGCGAGGCUCUGUCCCGACUCAUGCCCAAAGUGGUCCGUGUGCUGGAGAUCCUGGAGGUCCUGGUGAGCCGGAACAGCAUCAGUCCAGAGACCGAGGAGCUGCGUCUGGAGCUGGACCGACUGCGGCUGGAGCGGAUGGAGCGGCUGGAGAAGGACAGGAAACAUAAGAAGGAGCUGGAGCUGGUGGAGGAUGUGUGGAGAGGAGAAGCCCAGGAUCUGCUGUCCCAGAUCGCACAGCUGCAGAAGGAAAACAAAGCGCUGCUCAACAACCUGUCCGUCAAAGAGUGUCCGAUGACAGAGGAGGAUAUACAGAAGCAGGAAGGCAUGACCGAGAGGGAACGACAGGUGAUGAUGAAGCUGAAGGAAGUUGUAGAUAAACAGCGAGAUGAGAUCCGUGCCAAAGACCGUGAGCUGACGCUCAAAAACGAGGACAUUGAAGCACUCCAGCAGCAGUUGAACCGGCUGAUGAAGAUCAACCAUGACCUGAGGCAUAAGAUCACGGUGGUGGAGGCCCAGGGUAAAAAGCUGAUCGAGCAGAAGGUGGAGCUGGAGGCGUCUGGUCAGGCACGGCAGCAGGAGAUGGGUAACCUGCAACAGGAAGUGGCCCGUCUUAAGGAGCGCCUUAAAGAGCAGGGCAAGACCAGCACUGAGAGGGAGGAGCCUGUAGGACCACCUUCACCUGCACAGUCAUCUAAAAGGCCCCCUUCCUGGGGUCAGGAUUUAGCUUCUGAGCUCCUGGCUGGGGGCCUGGAGAAAGAGGAAGGUCCCCUCCAUUUCAUUCCCCGCACCGGGGCCCCAGAAGCUCUGACAGAGGAUGGUGAGGAAGAGAAGGAUGAAGAAGAUGCUGCAUUUUUAUGGGAGGUGCUGUGUGAUGAUGACAUGUCCUCUAAUGAUCCAAAAGACCCCAACCGCCCGCGAUUUACCCUGCAAGAGCUGCGGGACGUCCUGCAUGAGCGCAAUGAGCUGAAAGCAAAAGUCUUCAUGCUACAAGAAGAAAUUGCAUAUUACAAAAGUGAUGAACAGGAGGAGGAAACGGGCCCACCACUGCCAGACCCGGCUUCUACAUUUCGGCCAAGCUCACGCUCCAACUUUCAGCCCGAGUCAGGGAUUAAACGACUGUUUAGCUUCUUUUCCCGCGACAAAAACCGAGGCUCUCAGAGGAGGAUGCCACAGAUGGGUGAUGGCUUCGGCUCGUGGUCGGGGAAAGAGGAGGUGGACACAGAACAGGCCCAGGAGGCAUUACAGCACAUGUAACGAACACAACGCUCCACUAACCGCUAACCUGCACCAUGUGACCGUAUGCCACAUUUACGCUCCUUUCAUGGUCACUUCCACAGCACUGCGUCUGCAAGCAGAUGAGACAAGAGCUCACAAAGGGAACACGGGGGACGGGGCUGUUUAGAGUUACUGAUAGAAUGUGGCCCUCACCUUCACCCAAAGAUUCUGUGAGGGAGUUUUAUGUGCCUAUUUUGUUCGAUAGUUAGACUAUUGCAAACGACAAGUUACUGUAAGUAGAUGAUGCGGUCAAAUAGAUUUCGUACAUUAUUCUGAUGAUGUUUAAAGAGAAGAUGCCUUCGGUAGAUAAGAUGCAUAUCUAUUUUAAUUCAAAUUGAAUUAUGAGUGAGAAUAUGCACGUGGCUGAAGAAAAAAUUAGGGAUUUAAAUUUUUAGUUGCUACGCCCAGGGAAGAGAUUUUCUGAAAAGGGUGGUGGCAUUAUAUGUUGAGUUAUGUUUAAAACUUUUUUUUUUCAUUGCACAGUAGCCUGAUUUUUUUUUUUUUUGGCACACU